GCUAGCCAGAAGGGGAGGAUACAUAGAAGGACAAAGGACUAUUGGUGUCUGCUGCAUAGAAAAGGGAUAGGGGGCUGGCUGCAAUUUGACGUGGCAUGAAAAGUCUUCGCUAAACUCUUUUCAGUGUCUGUGUAGCUGUAUCUUAGAGCUCUGCCCCACCGCCUGCAUGGGAAAUAGGGCAAGCCCAUGCUUCCAAAUAUGAACAGGCGUUAUUCUCACAAUCUAACAUUUUCAACUAUGGAAGAUGAGUAAUGAGACACUGAAGAGCUUUGAUUCAAGGUGCCCAUCUAUAUUUUCUUGUGUUAAACUUUGUUGAAUGCAAACUUUGCCAUGGGGUGUGGACUAAGGAAACUAGAAGAUUCUGAUGACAGCAGUCCUGGAAAAAUAUUCUCAACAUUAAAAAGGCCACAAGUAGAGACAAAAACCAACCUGGCCUAUGAAUAUGUGUUACUGGAUUUUUCUUUAGAAGCUUCAUUGAGCAUCAAUGCUAUUAGGAUAAAAUCUUUACUUGAUAUUCCAAGUAAAGUGGAAGAAUACUAUUUAAGAGGCUAUACGGUUGCUACAGUCCAUCCAGUUAUUGUGUCUAGUGGUCGUAGAAGACAUUUACCUAUUAGUUACUUGUAUCGAGUAGUACUGUAUCGACUUAAAUUAAGUCAACAACAUACCACACACACAGGGCAAAAGCGAGCAAGCCUUGUUGUUGAGGAAUGGAUGUCAAUGUAUGAAGCACUCACAAAUGAAGGUGUGAAAACUCUGAUAGAAAAGGUCAAUGAAGCAUCCCGAAAAGGCAUGAGAUUUAUUGGAUUUCUAACAAAGCACUUUCAUCAGACCACAAAUACCUUGGCAGAUGUAAAAAGCGCAGAGCAGAACAGAAAUGGUACCGAUGAUGUUUAUAAAAAUCGGAAAGAAGGAACUUUAAGUGGCCAUUCCUCGGAAAGUGGAAUUGAUGAAGAUAUUCAUCCAGGGAGUGAACACUUACAAGACUCUGUAUUUUCUGAUGAGGGCAGUUUGCAUAAAUCAAGAAAAAGUCAAGGAAAAACAUUAUAUGCUGUAUUUAAUGCUUUGAAUGAUGAUCUAGCUUGCUACAAAUACAUUGAAGGCAACCUCUCUAUAAAGAUCUGUAGAAAAGGCCCAACAAUCAGUGCACUUGAAGCUGACUGGCUGGAAAUGACAACAUUUUAUUAUAAGCAAGGCUUUUCUUUAAUUGAUUCUUUUGUUCACUGGGAAACAUUACGAGGAGACCUGUCACCAAAAUCAUUGGAUGGAUUAUUCAUCUAUGAGGAUGAAGCUGCCCAACUAACAGGGUCGAAAAACAAAGGAAAUGAUGCAAUCAUAGUAGAACAAUGGACUGUAUUUGAGGUAAUACAUAUAUUAUAUUUUCUUUUAUAUCACUUAGAAAAUAAAAUAUGUAGUCUUUUCAACUUUUAGGUAAUAAUAAAGGUAAAAAGUACAAAGGUUUUGGUUUAGAUUCUACUAUAUUUGUAUAAACUCUUUAACAAAAAUGCAUUUAAGAAAGAAGCAUGGGUUCACAAAAAAAA